CGUCCUAGCUGCAGCUGUGCGCCGAGGCAGACCUUGACAGGCUCUAGAAGGAAGAGGCCACCCAAGGGAAAAGCAGAAUCCAGCCCCAGCCCCACUUGCACCUCUGCCGCUGGAACAAUGCUCCUAGCAACAUUUAAACUGUGUGCCGGGAGCUCCUACAGAUAUGUGCGCAACAUGAAGGGGCUGAGGCAGCAAGCUGUGCUGGCCAUAGGCCAGGAGCUGAACCGGAGGGCACUGGGGGGCCCAGCCCCAGGGACGUGGAUGAACCAGGUUCAGCGGCGCAGCUCUCUGCUCAGUUCUCAGCUCGAAGACACUUUCUACAGUGACCAGGAGCUGGCCUAUAUCCAGCAGGGAGAGGGGGCCAUGCAGAAAGCCCUGGGCAUCCUCAGCAACCAGGAGGGCUGGAAGGAGGAGAGCCAGCAGGCAAAUGGCGACAAAGUGCUGAGUAAAGUGGUUCCAGACGUGGGCAAGGUGUUCCGCUUGGAGGUGGUGGUGGACCAGCCCAUGGAGAGGCUUUAUGAAGAGCUCGUGGAGCGCAUGGAGGCAAUGGGAGAGUGGAACCCGAACGUCAAGGAUAUCAAGGUUCUGCAGAGGAUCGGAAAAGAUACAGUUAUCACCCAUGAACUGGCUUCGGAAUCAGCAGGAAACCUGGUGGGGCCCCGUGACUUCGUGAGCGUGCGUUGUGCCAAGCGCCGAGGCUCCACCUGUGUGCUGGCUGGCAUAGCCACACACUUUGGGGAGAUGCCUGAGCAGAAAGGUGUCAUCAGAGCCGAGCAUGGGCCCACCUGCAUGGUGCUCCGUCCCCAGGCUGGAAGUCCCUCCCAGACCAAACUCACUUGGCUGCUCAGCAUUGACCUCAAGGGAUGGCUGCCAAAGACUCUCAUCAAUCAGGUCCUGUCACAGACCCAGGUGGACUUUGCCAACCACCUGAGAAAGCGCCUGGAGUGCAGCCCCGCCCCUGACCAGGUGCUGCAGACCAGCCUGCUGUUCUCAAGUGUUCCUGGCUGCACUGGCUUGCAUGCUCACCAGGAAAGUCCCUGCUAGAAGCCUGCACGUCUGUUUGAUCCUCGUCUGGGGGCUGUGGGAUGGAGUGGGAGUGUAUUUAGAGUAUAAUCCUAGGACUCAGAUUGGAAAAGUUUUAGGACCAAGAAAAAGGGCCAAGGCUCUCAAAGAGAAGGGUCUUCUAAUGUCACCCACUGGUGAGCUGUGUGAGGGAGGUUAAGGGUUCCAAAAUAUUUGUAAAACUUUUUCUGGGCCACUACAUAUCUAAGUAAAAACAUCUUUAGAAUGCUACUAGAUGGUAAAGGGUAUAGGAGGUGCUAAAUACAAGGACUGGGACUGGGCUCAAGAGCUCCAUUCCCUGCAGGCAGAGUGCACAGCAGGGCUUACAAAGGGCUCCGCACCUUCCUGUUCCUCCACCCAAGCAGGGAGAGCUGCACCAGAGAACAAGCAGCUCCUUGCAGCAGGCGCCUUCCAGAGAUCUAGCCGUUUUCCUGAUGAAAAAAUAAAGCAGUAAUUAUUAGAUUGGCUCCCCAAAUUAUAACUAGUCCAGGAACACGAGUCAGAAUAAAGAACUGUAACUGACACAAAAACUUCAGUCUGUACCUGUUUUAAAAUUCAAC